AUGCCGCCCGCGCCCGCAUUUCGCGGCGGCCCGUGGGCCUCGAGCUCCGGCGGCAAGCGCGGCACCGCUUCAAAGGUGCAUCAAGGCGGCAAGGGCAAGACUGUGUUGCAGAACGCGGGGACCGGUGCAAAGAGACACCGGUCAGUGGUCUCCUUUUAUCGAUCUUCACUUACGGCAGCUAAGCCUGCUAUUCGUCGUCUGGCUCGUCGUGGCGGCGUCAAGCGGAUUUCCGCCAUGAUCUACGACGACGCUCGUGAGGCCCUGAAGACCUGGCUCGAGUCUGUCCUAAGAGACUGCGUGACAUAUGCGGAGCAUCGGAAGGCGAAGACUAUCACUAUUCACGAUGUCUUGCAUUCUCUGGCCCGCAAAGGCAAGCCUAUCUACGGCUUCGACCCCGAUACCUUUGUCGACCCGAAGUCGCGCAAGGCAAAGGCAGCAGGUAUCCAGGGCUGA